AUGGACGAGGAAUUUAAAUUAAAGUAUGGUUUUGCAGCGCUUCAAAAGUAAGUAUCGGAGAAAGAGAAGGACAAGGAUAAAGCAAUUUUUAAGUUAUGGAAUGGGAUGAAUUUAGAUGAAUUGGGAAUGUCUGUUUAAGAUAACAAAUUACCUGGACAACCAACGAAGAUUAUUUCACCAUUUAUAGAUGAUAAUGCGACUCAACCAGAUCCUCUUUCGAAGCCUCAUGACUGGAUUAAGCAAAAGUUGAUGCCUCGUUAGAAUAGUGUGAAUAGGAAGAAGGAGAUGUUCAGUCAGUUUUCUGAGGAAACCAAUUUCUACAUAUUUUAUAAUGUGAUGGAUGAAGAAUAGUAGAUAUGGGCUGUGGAAAAUCUAUACACGAGAGGGUGGAGGUACAAUAUGAGGAAGGAGCAAUGGUUUAAGGAUUUGCAGUUGAUAAACAAGAAUUUAUAUUCUGGGAAGUACUUCAAGUUCAUAAAUAGAUAUGCAAGAGUCAGAUUUGUGUAUGAUUGA